CGCGUUUUGUGCCGAACAAAAAAUUUCCGAACGAAUUAUGUGAUGUCGAUUGUGUACACGGCAUAAUUUUCGUCAAUUUUUUUUCAUAAAAUGUAAAGUGAAUAAUAACAUUGUAACAAUAACAAAACAAAUCAUGGCAUUCGUGAGUGCCGUAACCGGAGAUGAUUCAACAAAGAAGUUCAUGGAAGUCCUUCAGAACGACUUUAAAAAUUUAAGUUUGGAGACCAAGAAGAAAUAUCCUCAGAUAAGAGAGGCUUGCGAUGAAGCUAUAGAAAAACUGUCUUUAGCCUCUAAUAAUCCACAAGCUUCACUGUAUGGUGUUGUUAAUCAAAUAUUGUAUCCACUGGUGCAAGGUUGUGAAUCAAAAGAUUUGAAAAUUAUUAAGUUCUGCCUAGGGACUAUCCAGCGGUUAAUAGCUCAGCAAGGGAUAGACGCGAAAGGCGCAAGGCAUGUGGUGGACUGCUUGUACAAUCUAGGCCAGGCCGGGGUCUUAGAGCUAAAAUUGCUUCAAACUGCUGCUCUGUUGAUGACUACCUCUGAUUUGGUACAUGGAGACACGUUGGCACGGACAAUGGUGAUGUGUAUGAAGAUGGUAUCCACAACGGAGACAAGGGAUAUUAGCACAAGUCACGCCGCAGCCGCCACUGUGAGGCAACUGGUCGCCUUAGUUUUUGAGAGGGCACUUGCUGAGGCAGAUGGUAAUCUAAAAGUGAAUCCGGCCGAUGUUAGAUUGCAGAGUAAUAACAAAGCGCCAAAGGACCUCAAACCGUGUGCCGUUGAUGCCUAUCUUAUUUUGCAAGAUAUAAUUCAGUUAAUAAACGGUGACGCCGCCCACUGGCUCGUCGGCAUAUCGGAUGUGCCCAAGACAUUCGGCCUGGAGUUAUUGGACACAGUACUUACUGACUUCUCACCGGUUUUCUUCAAGAUAUCCGAGUUCAGGUUCCUGUUGAAGGAGCACGUUUGCGCGCUGAUAAUUAAACUGUUCUCACCGAACGUCAAGUACAGGGCUGCGUUGACGGCCCUGCACAUCCCAGGGGCUGCGGGCGCGAACGGGGGCGGAACACCUGAGCGCCCGCACUUCCCCGUCACGAUGAGGCUACUCAGACUCGUCUCAGUGAUCCUGCACAAAUACCACUCUUUACUUGUGACGGAGUGCGAAAUAUUUCUGUCGCUGACGAUAAAAUUUCUAGAUCCCGACAAGCCGUUGUGGCAGCGAGCUUUAGCUUUAGAAGUUUUACACAAGAUGACAAUACAGCCCAAGCUGCUGAAGUCGUUUUGCGACUGCUACGACAUGAAGCCGCACGCCACCAACAUCUUCCAGGACAUCGUGAACGCGCUGGGCGCCUACGUGCAGAGCCUGUUCGCGUCACCAGGAGCGGCCGCGCCCCCCGGUACAUCGGCGAUACCUCAGCAAUCGGGUUUCUACUGCAAGGGAGUCUGGCUGCCGCUCUGCGUCACAUUCGAGCGUGGUACAGCCAAGGCUGUCUACAUAGAGAUGCUGGAUCGAACCGAGGCCCCUACGAUCCAAGACGGAUACGGCAUCUCCGUCGCCUACGCGUGCUUGAUGGAGAUAAUACGGUCCAUAGCCAUAACCGUGGAGGGGUCCGAGUACUUCAGAUUACAAGAAAUGUAUGAAGAUCUUCAUGACGGCGAUGAAAAAGAACUCAAUUCAAAUAAAAGUAACACAGACACGACAACGACGGAGCAGAGCUUAACCAGUAACGGGCACAGCGUCGAAGCAGAUCAGAAUUCGAACGUAGUUCAAGCGGCCUCCGACGAUAGCGACAAAGAAACGGAGCUGAGAUUACAGUUGUUAAAAUCUUCGUGGUGCGGCCUGGUGUGGGGCUUGUCAGUGCUGGCCGACGCGAGCAUCGGCGAGCUGGAGAACAUACUGCGUGCCAUACAGACGCUGGCCAGGGUCAGCGGCAAGGUGGGGGUGUCUGCGGGGCGGGACGCGUGCGUGGGCGCGUUGUGCCGCAGCGCGCUGCCCGCGCAGUACGCCGCCGGAGCCCUGGGCGCUUGCCCCUGGAGACGCGAGCCCGCCGCGCCCGAGCCCGACUGCCGGCACCACGUCGUGUGGGUCGGGACGCCGCUGCCCUCGGCCGCGCCGGCCUCUGGACAGCAGCAGUCCUUCGUGAUGGUGACAUCAAGACACGUGACCGCCAUGAAGGCGCUACUGUGCGCGGCGCAGCGCGACGGUGACGUCAUACAACAGGCCUGGUUCCCGGUUCUAACCACGCUGCAGCAUUUGGUCUGGAUCUUGGGCCUGAAGCCGUCGACUGGCGGCAGUAUGAAGGCCAGUCGCGCCAGUGCAGACGCCAACGCGGUCAUGAGCACGUCCGCAGUAAUGGCAGACUUGCCCGUUCAGCAAGUUCCCGUCGCAGAGUCCCUCGGAGUCAUGAGCGCUCUGUCAGCAAUGCUAUCCCGGGUGUUCGAGUCUUCCAAGGACUUGGACGACGUGGCUCUGCACCACCUAAUCGACGCGCUGUGCAAGCUCUCCAACGAGGCCAUGGAACUGGCUUAUUCAAACCGGGAGCCAUCGCUGUUCGCCGUGGCAAAACUUCUAGAAACAGGUCUGGCGAACAUGCACCGGAUAGAGGUGAUGUGGAGGCCCAUCACCAACCACUUGUUGGAGGUGUGUCAGCACCCGCACAUCAGGAUGCGGGAGUGGGGAGUGGAGGCCAUCACGUAUCUAGUUCAAGCAGCAUUCCAGUACCACCAUAAUAAUCCCGUUCAUGUAACUGAUGCCCGGUCCCGGCUGCUGCUGGAGCCGCUGGCGGAGCUGUGCUCGGUGCGGCACGCGGACGUGCGCGCCCGCCAGCUGGAGUGCGCGGCGCGGCUGCUGCACUCGCGCGGGGACCAGCUGGGCGCCGCCUGGCCGCUCAUGAUGCAAGUCAUCUCCGCCAUCUCCGAGCACCACAGCGAGCAGCUAAUCAGGUCGGCGUUCCAGUGCGCGCAGGUGGUGGCCGGCGACCUGCUGGGCUGCGCCGGCCCGCGCUGCCUGCGCCGCGUGCUCAACACGGCCGCCGCCUUCGCGCUGCAGACCAAGGAGCUCAACAUCAGCCUCACCGCCGUGGGACUCAUGUGGAACAUAUCGGACUACCUAUACCACAACCGCGACAAGCUGGUGGCGGCGCUGGCGGGCGACGCGGCCGCGUGUCCCGAGGCGCCGCAGCACGACGAGCUGCCGCCGCUCGACCGCCUCUGGAUGUGCCUCUACAUCAGACUUAGCGAGCUGUGCACGGAGCCCCGCGCCCCGGUCCGGCGCGCCGCCAGCCAGACGCUGUUCAGCUGCAUCGGCGCGCACGGGGCGCUGCUGGGCAAGCCCGCCUGGCGCGCCCUGCUCGCCGUGCUCUUCCCCAUGCUCGAGCAGGUCCAGAAACAAUCGAACAUUGCGAGCUGCGAGAAGGUGGACACCGGGGAGCACAUCCUCAUACAUCACACGAGGAACACGGCGCAGAAACAGUGGGCUGAGACCCAGGUGCUCACGUUAUCGGGGGUGUCGAGAGUCUUCCACUCCCGCUUCCAACUCCUGACGACGGUGGGAGACUUCAACAGGUCCUGGGCGAUCCUGCUGGGCUACAUAACCGACUUUGCCCUACAGAAGAGUCACGAGGUGUCGGUGGCGGCGCUGAAGUCGUUCCAGGAGGUGGUGUCGGCGGCGGGGCGCGCGGGGGGGCUGCCGCGCCGCGUGUGGGACGCCGCGUGGGCCGCCUGGACCGACAUCGCCGCGGCGCUGCCGGACCGACACCGCGAGCCCCCGGUGACGGAAGACGGCAAGCCAGGCGAGGAGUACGCGCCCUCCCAGAGCUUCCUCACGACCCUCGUGCAGAUAUUCCCGCUCAUAUUCCAGCACAUACGGCCCACGUUCACGGCGGCGGACGUGGAGCGGCUGGGCGCGUGCCUGGCGCACGUGUGCCGCAUCGAGCCCUCCGCCUCGGCCUCCGCCCUGGACGGGUCCGCCGGGCUCGCCGUCAGCCUGCACGCCCUGCACUGCCUCGACACCGUGCACAAGGAGGCGCUGGUCCGGCACGAGCUGCUGGGCGCGAUGUUCGUGGCGCUGACGUCGCUGGCGGGCGCGGGCGCGGGUGCGGGCGCGCGCUGCCUGUCCGCCGCCGUGGCGCUGUACCGGGCCGCGCCGCAGCCCAGCGCCCCCGUGCUGCCGCAUCUCUUGCAGGCUCUGCACUCGGCGGUCAAGAAGUGCGGGCAGGAGAAACGUCGCAGACCCUCGGAACAAGUGGACGAGGCGUCGCAAAUAGCGGCUCUAUUACUACAGGUAUUGGAAACCGGUCUACCUCUAGCGAGAGAAAAGCCAGACGACUACAAAGAGUUCUGGGAGACGCUUCCCGGAGUGCUUGAGACGUUCCUGUUUGAGCCACCUACGGGGAUGGGCGCGGGUGCGGGCGCGCUCGUGGCGUGCGUGCGCGGCGCGGCGCUGGCGGGGCGCGUGCCGGGCGCGGCGCUGGGCCGCCUGCUGGCGCUGGUGCGGGCCGCCGCGCUGCACCACGCGCCGCCGGACCGCACGCAGACCGACCAAGAACUGAAAGAGAGGGAAGAAUUCGCCCGGACGUGCUUCGAGACGCUACUGCAGUUCUCUAUGGUGGAGAACGUCGACUCCAUUUCCGGGGAUGACAAUGAUUCUGACCCGCUAGCCAUAAUGACGUUGCUGGAUAGGUUUCAAGAGAUCAUAAUGAAGUAUGCAGAGGACGAGCAUGACACAGAGCCUCUGCCAAGACAUCAACUGUCGGAGAUAUCGUUCGUACUGAAAGCCAUAGCGACGCUGGCGGAGUCCAUGAAGAAAGCGCCCCCCGGGAAAGUGGACGCGGCGGCCUGGCGGAAGUUAAUAGACGCAUAUGGUGGGUUGGCGCGGCUGGCGGCGAGCGGGCGGGCGAGGGGCGCGGGGUGCGCGCUACGGGCUGCCCUGUUGCACUACGCCGCAUUAUUGGCGCCGCCCUAGGCCCGCACACAACGAGCCGAGCCGCCCUCAUUCCAAAAAUGGCCGAACUAUAUAACGUAUGACGUCACUUCGGGCCACAACUAAAGGCUUCGUCAAACAGAACGCGUACUUAGCGCCGCGUUUUAACGGCCCGCUCUUUACACGUCACACAAAUCGACUAGAUGAACCCAACGCUACUUGACGCGACGUAACAUCUGCCAAAUCAUAGUGCCUUUCGAUAGCAGUCUGAAAAUUUAAAAGUAUUAAGAUGUCGAGUGUUUCAGAUGUGGCAUGGGUAUUUUCUAACUAAUUCUAUCAA